ACUUUAUGGUUUGCCAAUGGUUUCCAGCAGUUUCCAGGCGGUGUAGUAUUGACGUUGGUGGAUCGCAUAUUACGCAGUUUAAAGUUCAGAAAAGUGUCGUUUCAUUUUAUUUGCAAAAGUAUGCACUUUUUGAUGACCUUCAGUUCUUAGUACAGAUAAAAUAAUCAUUACCUUCGUUUAAAAAAAAAUGCCAGAAGGACGAAUACCAAAACCUGAACUUCGAAAUCUUCAUCUUGCAUAUGUUAAAAAGGGCUUAACGUCAAUGAUAGGUUUUACUGCCCUUGUGGGAUUGACUUACAAAAUAUUUGUUAUUGAUUCAUAUGAAAGGAAAAUGACUGAAUUUUACAAAAAUUAUGAUCCAGAGAAGUCAUUCCAAAGAAUGGUUGAUGCUGGUCUCAUGCAAUCUGCUGGUGGUGGCAAUUAAAUAUGGCACGCAUAAAAAAAUAGUGGUAUUAUUUCAUUUACAAAAUUAUGUAUAUAUUUGAUUAAUAAAUAUUACUAAAGAUAAUGUUA